AUGCGUUUUUUGCUCUUCUUGGUUUCCAGGUCUGAUCACUCAUGUUUUGCUUUCUCUCCAUCUACAGGCUUUCGACAUUAUAGAUUUCCCCGAUUCAGGCCCGGCGGAUAUUUGAAAUUUCCUUUCCCUUCAGGCUGGCAGUGGGGAUCGGAAGAUACCGAGGCUGUAUGGCGGCCCGAAUACACGGUCACUGUGGAGGUGAAGCUUGACACAUUGCACAUGUCAGGGAUGGUGCUUUACCACAGGUCGCCGGUCACUUCAGCCCGAUACCUUCUGGCUUUUGAACAUGGGCACUUUGUAUACAGGUACGAGGCGGCCAGUAGGCCUUAG